AUGCCAGACGCCCGCCCGGCUUUGAGUCUCAGCUUGUUGCAGAAAGACUGGGUUUACCUGGCGCCGGUCAGGAUCUCUGAGCCCGACCCAUUUCACAAGCUCGUUGAGACGCACCGACUGUACAAGCAGAAGCUUGAGGAACUGACCAAGUUGCAAGACGGCAUCUCCAGCUGCAUCUCGAGGCAGAAGAAGCAACUGAAGGAACUCUCUCUGGCCCUAAAGAAAUGCAAGACCUCGCUCACAGACCGAGAGGAGGCCGAGCAGAGAGGAGAGACCAUCCAGGAGCUGGAGGGUCUGAUCAAAGACCGCCAGAACGUCUUCUUUGAAAUGGAGGCCUACUUGCCCAAGAAGAACGGGUUGUACCUGAGCCUCGUGCUGGGGAACGUGAAUGUCACUCUGCUCAGCAAACAAGCCAAGUUUGCCUACAAAGAUGAAUAUGAGAAGUUCAAGCUCUACCUCACCAUCAUCCUGCUGAUCAUCUCCUUUACCUGCCGGUUCCUGCUAAAUUCCAGGGUGACCGAUGCCGUCUUCAAUUUCCUCCUGGUCUGGUAUUACUGCACUCUGACCAUCCGGGAGAGCAUCCUGAUCAACAACGGCUCCAAGAUUAAAGGCUGGUGGGUUUUCCAUCAUUACAUCUCCACCUUCCUCUCAGGAGUCAUGCUGACCUGGCCAGACGGGCUGAUGUACCACAUGUUUCGGAACCAGUUCCUCACCUUCUCCAUGUACCAGAGCUUUGUCCAGUUCCUCCAGUACUACUACCAAAGCGGCUGCCUGUACCGGCUCAGGGCCCUUGGGGAGCGGCACAACAUGGACCUCACGGUGGAGGGCUUCCAGUCCUGGAUGUGGCGCGGCCUCACUUUCCUGCUUCCAUUCCUGUUCUUUGGCCAGUUUUGGCAGCUUUACAAUGCCAUCACCCUCUUCCAGCUGGCCCAGCAUCCGGAAUGCAAGGAAUGGCAGGUGGUGAUGUGCGGCCUGCCCUUCUUCGUCCUCUUCGCCGGCAACUUCUUCACCACGUUGCGGGUCGUUCACCAGAAGUUCCAAGACAAGCGCCCGAAGACCGAGUGAGCCUGGGGCCCCCCUUUUUCUUCCACACGAGUGCACACUCUUGCUCUCUUGCCUCCUCUCCCCCCCCCCAGUUCUUCUGUGAUCCCUUCUCUGCUCUGUCCGGUGGCGGGGGGGAGCGCUGGUCGUCUCUUCCCCCAACCCUUCCAAGUUGUCUGGCGAACUGGUGUGUAAAUACUGCCGCUGGGGGUGACCGGUGUUUCCCUGCCUGAAGCAAGGCCCUGCAGCUGAAACUGGGGACUCGUCAUCGCACGGCGCCAGCUUCGAGGUCUGCAGCAGGGCGCUGGCGGAGACUCUGCAGCGGCAUUCAGACCCCAACCUUCUUGUGACCUCUUUACUCCGUCAAUUUCCGCUGUCCUGGAAAAAACCGGGAAGGCAGCUUCAAGCGGACGGUCCCUAUUCCACUCAGAUGGAAAAAUGAGAAGGGAAGGAAACCGAGGUUUUCUCUGGAACCUGAAGCGUCGGUAGUGUUCGGGCUGAACCAGGUGGGAAAGCCAGGGCGUUUUCUCCUCCUUGUCUUGGGUUCUUCUCUCUCUGUUUGUAUUUGUCCUGCUGUCUCCUCAUUAUGCAGGUGAUCCUGGCUUUCUCGACGCAGAACGUGCCUCCCGUCUGUGUCUUCUCCGGUGGCCCAGGAAUGAUCCCGGGCCACGGGUUGAGUUAUGCUCCUUUGCCCGCCAGGGAGAACCGAUGGGUGCCUUUCCCCUGUCCUGGGUGGGAGAAGGGCCCCACGGCAUCUACCCCCCCCCUGCCAGUUUGGUGUCGGUGCCCCACGAGCCGCAGAAAGUGGGGCAUUAAGGGGGAAAAAAAGGGCUCGGCAGCAGUGCGUCCUCUUCCUUCUCUCUGUGUCCUGUAUUUUUGGGGGUGUGGUGCGUCUCGAGUAAAUCCGUCUCUCUGGGAAGGCGCCGGACCACCUUGUAAAGCGCGCCGCCGUCUCAGAAUGUACCUUAAAUGUCGUUUAAAGUGUCUAUGUGUGAAUGUUGGCAAAUAAAGAAAAGGGAACCGCUGGC